CCAGUCUCAUCGCUCGCUCCUUCGCGGUAGGAGUGCCGCUGCCCGCUCCGUUUUCAAGUUACGAAGCGUCGCGGCUUCGAACACCGCUGGUGCUCUGUGCUGUGUUUCCGACGAAUUUCUUGGUGUCUGCCGACGGCGCCCGUCGUGAGCAACGCCCCUGCUUGUGCUGUGAUUGGUCGAGGCACCGCAGCGCGCCUUGCGUCCUCCGGUCCAAACGCCCCGCCGACAGUGUCGUGUCACUCGCGCCGUCCGGACCCGGGCCAAGCCGUGGACGCCGUGGACGCGGUGCCGUUCCAAAGCGGCGACAGCGAGUAGAGGAUUCGCGCGUCGACCACGUCACUGCCAUCGCCUUGCAGUGAACUGGGUCACUGCCCCGCGACGCUCGCGACCCGCCGAGUGAGGACCACUGUGGACGCGGGCCGCGCUGUGGAUUAACACCUGGAUUACGACGGCCGCGACCCUCGCCAGAUAAGCGGCGCUCGAGUCCCAUCCCCAAUCCUGGCUGGACUAGCGUCGUUUGUUGAGGGAGCACAGAUGGUGGCGGCGGUCCGCAGCAGCGCGCGUGCACUAUGAAAGCCAUCGACCCCGUCAUCAAGCCGGCAGAGGAUCCCCCGCACCUGGCGCGCCUCGCCGAGGGCCUCGCCGACCACGAGCAGCUCGCCGACGGCGUGGUGAAGCAGCGCGUGCACCGCGUGCGCGACCCGUCGCAGACCUACGAGCGCACGAGCACCAGCAACAGCACGAGCGGCGAGGAGGGCUACGACAGCAUCAACUCGGACGAGGAGCUGCACGAGCCGCUGCACCUCCGCGAGCACGCCGAGCACGACCAGCUGUCCGUCAUCAGCAGCGGCCGCCUCUUCGGCUUCCCGGCCCAUGGCUUCCUCCACCAGCCGCUGGACGGCCCCGCCAGCCUAGGCUCCAGCCUCGGCUCCAGCCUCGGCUCCAGCCUCGGCUCCACCUCCUCCGCCGCGUCCGGCCCGCCCACCUUCCAGGAGCUCAAGGUGACGAGUGACUUGUCCAGCACGGCGUCGCCGAGACGCGCCACCUUCACGAUCGGGUCGCCACUGAGCACGCCGGCGAGCACGCCCUCCAGCACGCCCGGCGGCACGCCCAAGCAGCUGUCCCAGGAUGACGAGGACCGGGAGGCGGGGCGCGACGCGGCCAUCCCCAGCGGCACCCCCAGCGGCACGCCGCGCAAGGAGCUGUUCCCCGAGGUGGCCAAGGACGCCGAGCACCCGGCGCUGCAGGCCGAGGCCGAGGUCGAGGCCGGGGCCGGGCUGAGUGCGGGCUGGAACCGCACCGUGGCCGAGGCCAAGGAGCAGGCCUUCUCGCGCCUCCAGGACGAGCUCCGCAGCGCCCACAAGGAGCUCAAGCUGCGCGACGAGGAGGUGACGCGCCUGUCGAGGAUCCGCGACCAGGUGGAGGCCGAGCUGGAGGAGCUCACCGCCAGCCUGUUCCAGGAGGCCCACAACAUGGUGCGCGACGCCAACACGGGGAAGGCGAGCGCGGAGCGCAGCCUGGCCGAGGCGCGCAUGCAGGUGGAGGUGCUGACGGCCGAGGUGGCCGCCCUCAAGACCCUGGUGCUCACGUCCACGCCGGCGCGGCCCAACCCGCACUUGCACCCGCAGAUCGACAAGACCAAGUCCUGCGACGACAGCGGCGGCGGCGGCGGCCUCUUCCGGAAGCACCGGCGGUCACCUUCGCACUUCAACCUCAAGUACGGCCGCGAGAACUCCCCUCCCGACUCGCCCGUCAAGGAGAGUCACUCGCAGAGCCACUCGCAGAGCGCCCCCGGGGCCUCGGCAGGCUGCGUGCAGCCACCGGCCCAAGCGGCCCACGACCAGGUGGAGGCCAAGGACGGCGUGGAGGUGGACCCAAACGUUCAUAGAGAUUUCCUGGCCUGGAGGCAGAACCCGACCCUUGACAAAAGCAAUCCUUUUGUGGCCCGUGUGUAUUUUGAAGACAUCAACCUUUGCCUCGAUUUUAACAAUAAAGAGCUUGCUGAACGAGUUGAGAGGGCUGUUGAGGCUGGAAACAUUUACAUUGAGGCAAUUGGAGACAGGAGCAAAACUGCAUUCCCUAAGAAAUGUGCAUUGCUUGAAGUUCCUCGUCCGUGCCAUUACCGUAUGAAACUUGGGGAUCAAGACACAUGGUAUAGCAUUUCACAAAUAUGCAGAAAUAGAAUAACUGCUGUGAUCGACUUUUUGAAUUAUUUGCGGUACAUUGAACGAGGCCUUGUCAAAAGCUCAGUUCAUGAUGUUUACUGGGAAAUUGUGAGGCUCCGGAAAGAAAUGUGCCUAGCUAGAUUAGGAUUGUUCCUUAGCUCUUAGUGGAAAUGUGCCAAUGACAAGGAGGGAAGAGAUACUCAGAUAUACCAUCGGCCCCACCUAAUCUAUUGCGUGCCUUGAUUUUUGCAUCCCACAUUCAUGGCAUUCUACUGUCUCUAUUCUGCAGUGUGUAGAAUCUCAGGAAUCUGUAUUUUUAGUCGGUUAUUAUUUUGCUUGACAGACGGAAUCCUUACUUUUCAGCAAUUAUUCAGAUGUUUAGUUCUUUGAAAAACAACAACGUGUUGUUUGAGUGAAAUUACAAUGAGUUGUCAUGUAGUUACUGAAAUCAGGAUCAAAAUUGUAUCAUAUUCCCCAAGUUUUAUUCCAUCUCUUUUUUUCCGCUUAUCUUACGUUUUUAAGUUAUAGACCUCUUCAAUGAACUGUCACUUUUUGAAUGAUCUUUUGAGUAGGUGUUGUGGCAUUAAUUUGUGUCAUGUGUUGAUGUGUCAUGUCAUUUCUUUGCUCAGUUAUGCUCAAACCUUUUUUUUUUGCAUGUGUUUUUAGUACAUGCUCUGCAACACAAAAAUGUAUAUAAAUGACAUUACCAUUACAACUGUUAGGAGGUAGGCAUGUAACCAUAUUGAAUCGUUUAUGUGGCGGCCUUUAUUAAAUUGGAAUUUGUAUUUUAGAGAUUUUUUUUCUUGGAUAAGGAGCAGAUAAAUCUCUUCUUUCAAUCAAACAAAAUAAUUUUAAAGUGCUACCUAAUCACUCUAAGCAGGUAUUCUAAUAAUUAUUUAUUAUGGACUGCUAAAUGCUUGACUGUUGAGCAGGUCAACUGUUGAAUGUUCUGAGCCUUUUAAAACUUAAAUGGUUUUUUAUAGCUUCUGUCAUAAUAGAUUUUUAGUCUUCCGAUUUUGUGAUGUCUUCUGUUAAAGAUAGAAUUUGUUCUGUAGUUUGUUUUUUUUUUUUUUUUUUUUUUUUUUUUUUUUUUUUCUUUCUAGAAAAACGAACAAACUGCAACAAGUUUACCGAACUGCUUUAAAUUGGUUUCAUGUGCUGCCGCAUAGUUUUGUGCCAACAUUGUUUGUAUUUAGUCCCUUGUUAAUGCUGUUCAGAUGUCAUGGGAAGAGCUUGACAAGAGUUCCUCUGUUCAACCACGAUUUUAAAUGUAAAGUGUAUAUAGUAUUACGUACGAGGUGACUCAUAUGUGUUUCAGACUUGUCUUUCAUUAGAAUGCUCUUUAUGUUCAAUUAUUAUUUUCGUCUGUAUUGUAAAGGGUCCAGUUAUAAUACUUUUAACCAAAGAUUUUUGUGUAAUAGUGUAUGUGAUGUGAUGUAGGGUAAUAGAAACAAUUUAUACUUUUGUUGAUUAAUGUUGUUUUAUAUUAAGCUGAUACCACAAAAUAUGUUAGUUGAAAUUUUAUUGAAAUGGUAGCUCCUAGAGUUAUUCUGAAUGUGCUGAUGUUUUAGUGUACAAUUUGAGAAUUAAACUGUGCGUACAAAUAAGGAAA